AUGUUCCUUCAGUGGCUGCGCAACUCCAUUGUGAAGAGGGCCGCAGAGCCAAGGCGGAAGGGAGCAAUCUUCGACAUGCACACGAGAUAUAUGAAAAAUAAAAGAAGAGGUCUGAAGGAGCAGCCGAGGAAAAAGCCACUGGACAUAGAAAAAAAAAUAAGAAAUCCAGACAAAUACGAAGAAAAAAUGCAUUUCGAUAAUUUAACCAAGGGAGAGCUAUACGUCCCCGAGUCGUGUAAAGCCAAAAAACUAGCCAUGUUGUGUAAUCGACUGUUCUAUUUUGAUAUAAAUGAUGAUGAGUUGCUCGAUAGGUAUGCACAAAGAGCUAUCGUAAUAGUUAACAGUAUGAGCACAAAAGAAAUUUCGCUAAUAUUAAAUACGAUGAGGAAGUUUAAUCAUAAGAAUGAAAAAUUGUUGGAAACGUUCGCGAAGCAUAUCCCCCGCAAGUUACACAAAGGAGUGCCCCAAGACAUUUCGCUAAUACUAAAUGCGUAUGCACAUUUUAAUUUUAUUGAUAAUAAUUUGUUCAGCAGGAUAUGUGAAGAGAUUCCUCACAAAAUUACUUACUUCCAACAUGUUCACAUUGCCAGUGUUGUUAAUGCUUUUUACAAGCUAAAGAUAAAAGACAGGAUCAUUAUUGACGAUCUGGUCGACGAGACAAUUGAGCGAAUCGACGAAUUUGAUGCAAAAUCUCUGACGAACAUUAUAAAUUCUUUUUCAAAACUAAAUUAUCAUAAUGAAAAUAAGAAAACGUUAUGGGGGAAAUUUAUCCAAGGUGUGAAAAAUCUACGGAAAGAUUUUAAUUUGCUCGAAAUUACGCUCAUAACAAAUGCAUUUUGUAAAAAGAAAUUCAAAAAUGAGAAAGUGUAUCAUUUCUUGAGCGAAAUUUUAAGUUGUCAUAUUUUCGAAAUGAAAUCUGUAAAUGAAAGUAACUCCUUUUUACUAUGCACGAUUGCACAUGCAUUUGCAAAGGUGAAAUUUUAUACCAAGGAUUUAUUUCAUUUUAUCCUUUCCUACUUUACCAAUGAACAUAAUUAUGCAUCUUUGGACAGCCAACAUUUCGCCCAACUGAUUUAUUCAUGUGCUGUGUUUAAACAGAACGAUAAAUUAUUCCUCGAUACAUACGCCAAGAUGGUUUGCAAAAGUUUGGAAAAGAAAAAUAACGAGUUAAACGAACAAGCCUUGUCUACCAUUGCGUAUGCCUACGCCAAGUUAAGGAUCCGAGAUGCGAACUUCUUCGUUCAGCUGUCUUCCUACAUCAUUAAGGAGAAAAUUUGUUUAUCUCCCCAAAGUUUAAGCCUAAUUUGCUACAGUUUCUCCAAGCUGAAAAUAAAAUCGCAAAUGUUGUUUUACUUUUUGUCUAUCCAGAUUUUUCAAAACAUGAAUUUAUUUAGCAAACAAGGCUUGUCCCUCAUUUUGUCUGCCUACGCAAAUUUACAAAUUUUUCACGUCAAAAUGUUUUCCCUCAUUAAUAAGUAUUUAAAUCUCUAUGUGGAUAAUUUUACCUACGAAGAGUGCAUGCUCAUCGCUGGCCACUACCAACACGCGGUUAAGUGCAUCACGGAUGAGGUAGAAGGGGUGAAGGACGUGGAGCGGCUGGAAUCCCCCUCCUCCUUUAUCGCAACGUCCAACACGAAAAAGGAGUUAGAAAAUUUCAUCCACCUAUUAAGAGAGAAAAUUGGGAAAUUCCAGAGGGAGAAAGAGCAUAGAAAGGGAAAAGAACUCACCGGAAGUUAUCACCAAGGUGGUUUAACUUCCAAUGAAGGGGAAGAAGCGGAGGAGGAAGAGGACGACGAAGACAGCUUCUUCUCCAUUUUUAAUCAGAAUGAUAUUAUAAAUGAGAACCCGGCGGAUGUGGCGGACCACUCAGGGCAAACGCCCAAUGGUGUAGAACCACACUCAGGUGUCUCCCCAAGCCAACUAACCACUAACAAAGCAACAUUUAAUGAUGCAGAGAAACCAUUGUGCAAUCCGGAUGAUCCCUUCGGCCAAGAGCCAGAUCAUAUUCAACACAUGAAGAAAAAAGAAGAAGAUGCGCUCAAAAUAUACAAAAAAAUGUUCCUACCCGAUAUGGAAAGUGGCACGUCCACCAAGGGGAAAAUCCCACUAAUUAACGAGAAGCUAAAUGAGCGUCUGCGCACCAUCCUGAGCAAACAGAACGUUACAACAGAGGAUGCUAAUACAAACGACGAUAAAAAGAGGAUGGAGAAAACCACGAAAAGUCUGCUCCAAUUAAUGACGUCCAACAAGCCACCAAAAAUAAAUUACGAAAAGGAAAAUUUCAUAAAAUCCGCUGAGCAGGUGGAAUCCGAAUUUAUAAAGGCCUACGUAAGUGAGCAGCAGGAACACAGCGAUGAUAACAAAGAUGGCAGCGCAAAAACGAGAAAGGGGCGAAGAGGAAGGAAAAAACAAAUUCAAAAUAUGCUAUCCAAGAAAUAUCAACCCCUUGAUGAUCUCCCAACAUUGCAGAAAAAAUGGAACGAUCUUUACAACCCGUCUCCUUGA